AUGUUCUCCUACUUCAAGGAAUUAGGCCACCUAGUCCAGGAACUUUGUGAGAGCCAUAUCCCGGAAGGGAACGCAGAAGGACUAGAAGAAGAAGAAAGUGGAAAGGAAAGUGAAGAAGGAAGAGAGAUGGCACAGUCCGUGAAGGAGAUCAAGGAGAUCAUGGCGAAGCAGACAGAGAGUAUAAAGGAACUCAAGCAAGAUAUAGCAGGAAUGAAGGAACCGGUGCUUCAGCAAAGCCAGCUAACAGCAUUGGCGAUAAAGGAACUGACCCAGGAAGUUAGGGACCUCCAGGCCAACUUCAAGGAACUUCAAGGAAGAUGGGAUGCGUUCAUCGAAGAGGAAGACAAGGCAAGAGGAGAAUACGCGAAGUACUUUGAAGAGCAGGAAAGGCUAAAGGAAGUGCUCAUGGAGGAGCGCGACCGUUUUCUUGAAAGGGAACUGAGAAUGGAAGGCCACCAAGGACCAAGGACUUCUACGUCACCUACGUGUAAAGGAAUAGAAGAAGAUGAGGACAUCAGCCAGUACAGUGACCGCGCCUACUUCGACAGGAAGCAAGAAGAAGAGGAAGCCAAGGAAGCAAUGGAAGAGAAUGAGAACGAGUACUACACUCAGUCAUAUGAGAUUUCAGAGGAAGAAGCAGGAGAAGCAUGGCCAGAGGAACCAGAGACAACAGAAGCGACAGGAUCAGAGGAGCAGAAGGAUGAAGAAGAAGAAGCAAAGCCAAAGAGCCAGCAGACACAAGAAGAGUUCGAAGAGGAAAGGGAGAAACUCUUGGCAAAGGCAAGGGCAAACAUUGCCCAGAAGGAAGCGAAGAGAAAGGAACAGGAAAAGAAUUUCAAGCCGCCUGUGGACAAGAGCCAGGAAUUCAAGUACUACACCGAAGGAGGCCAUAUCUGGAGACAAAGCCAUGAAACAGGAGAAAAGAUUUGGUGGAACUACGACUUCAAGUACAAGCACCAGAAAGGAAAAGGAAAGGAAGCCUACGAGAAAGCAGGAAAAGGAAGUCGACCACAUCAGCCCUUUCAACCAAGAGACGAAGAGGACAAAGAAUAUUGGGCAAACAUGGAUGAGGAGACCAACAUAGGACCAACAAAACAAGAGGACUUUGUCAGAGGAAAAGACCCCAGCGAUGAAAAGGACAAGAACUACUACGCAGUCUAUUCUUACGGUGGAGUCGAACACCAAUGGAAGUGGAACAGUGUGAACCAUCAAUGGUACUAUUUCGAUCUGGAAGCGCGCCGUUGGAACAAGCAAGAAGGAAGAGACCCAAAGGGAAAGGACACUUGCAUAAUGCAAGAACAGAAAUGGCGCAACUCCAAAGGAAAAGGAAAAGGAAAGAAAGGAAAGAAGAGCAAAGACGAUGACGAUGAAGAAAUGGCCAAGCACUCACCCGAGUACUACGACAUCGAAGCAGGAAAACAAGAGAAGGAUAAAGAACCAGACAGCAGCAAGGACGCGAACUUCCAGUAA